GUCGUCAAUUUAAAAAUAAAAUUGUGUCUCCAUUCGCUGUUAAAAAAUGUUUGAUGCUACUUUAUAUCAAGAAGUUACCGAAAAUUUCAUUAAAACCCAUACAAAAUUUAUUGUAAAUAGCUUUAAAAAUGUAUUGGAAUGGAAAUCCGAAGGAAAAGAAGAAAUUUUAGAUGUUGGUUGCGGAGAAGGGUCAACCACAAUACACAUUUUAGAAAAAAUGGUUAUGGAGAACACGAAAAAUUAUAAUAUUUUAGGAAUCGAUUUGAUGGACUCAAUGAUUGAUUUGGCAAAAAAAUCCUUUCCAAAUCGAGAAAAUAUUCAAUUCAAACAAGCCGAUAUUUUAGAUGUAAACGCCUGGGUUGGGUAUAAAGAACAUUUCCAUAAAGUUUUAUCGAUUUUGUGUUUUAUGAUCGUACCAAAUCCCAAAGUUUGGAUUAAAAAUAUUUAUAACGUUUUAAAACCAAAUGGUCAAAUAUUUUUUAUGCUAUGCUUAACUAACGCGAUGGUAAAACAACAACUUUAUCUAAGUAAACAAAAAAAAUGGGAAACAUAUCAAAAAAAGAACGCUAUGUGCUCCGAGUUCUUCAUAAAUGAAAACUCAACAGAUUGGAUUAUUCGCCAUUUAGAGGAGGGAGGAUUUAAACAUCUUAUUUAUAACGAAAUCGUAUUUGAUACACCAUUAAAAAAUAAGGAAGCUUCUUAUAAGUUCACCAAAGCAUUCACGUUAUUAAAUGAAACUAUUCCUGAAGAACUAAAAGAAGAAUAUUUAAAUGAAUUGUGCGAAAAUAUCGAAAAGGAAUAUUCGAAAAACAAGGAAUACUCAAAAAUUUCUUAUUUAAUUAUAUCCGGAAGGAAAUAAAUUUUGUUUAACCGUUAUAUUACCAUAAAUAUAUCAGUUACUGGAUAAACUAAAAAAAAAUACAUGAUAAAAAAUCUGA